CCAUCCCACUGGUUUCAUGGUUCCAACCCCAACCAUUCAAGCUGUGUUCUAAGGACUUCUAUAUGUAUCUAUAUAUGUCUUCACCUUCUAACCUGAUCUCUAACUCUAAACCUGAUAGAGAGGAUAGAAAAUGGAAGAGGAAAGCUCACCAGCAGCUGAGGACCUCACCUGGGCCCUUCUCGAGCCAACAAGAUGCAGUGAAGAGGGUGAUGAGAGGAUGGGAGUUGAUGAGAUGCUACAAAAGUAUUCAGGAGAGUUUGGGCCAUGGCAGCUGAGACACUUCGCACUUGUUAGCCUAGCAUGGGCACUUGAUGCAUUCCACACCAUGGUCACCAUCUUCGCAGACCGUGAACCGGCAUGGCGGUGCACCGGGCCGGCAUGCAGCGACGUCGACGUCUGUCAGCUCGAGCCAGGAUCAUGGGAGUGGAUCGGGGGACGGCAGGUGUCCACGGUAGCGGAAUGGGGUUUGGUAUGUGGGAAUAGGUAUAAGAUUGGUUUGGUGCAAUCAGCCUUCUUUGCGGGCUGUACGGUGGGUUGUGGCAUCUUUGGACAUCUAUCAGACUCUUUCCUUGGCAGGAAGGGCUCGCUUAUGGUGGGCUGCAUCAUCAACACUAUCUUAGGCUGCUUCACGGCUGUGUCACCAUCCUACACCAUCUAUCUCAUCCUUCGUGUGCUCACCGGCCUUUGCACAGGUCCAAUGGGCACCACAGCCUUCGUGCUCGCCACCGAGCCCGUCGGCCCAACUUGCCGUACCGCAGCCGGCAUGUCUGUGUUCUAUUUCUUCUCUGUAGGCAUCAUCGCCCUCACUGCCAUUGCCUACCUCUUCCCUUCCUCUUGGCGCACCCUUUACCUCAUCACCACCCUUCCCACCCUCUUCUUCGUUGUUGCCAUCCUUCCUUUCAUCUCCGAGUCCCCUCAUUGGUACCUUAUUCGCCGCAAACCCAAGAAGGCCCUUGAGAUCAUGCGAGCUAUCACUAAGAAGAAUGGUCGGUUCCUUCCCGACCAUGUCUCCUUGGUUCUGGACUGUGAUAAAUCUCAUAGCGACACCAACAGCAUAGCAGAUAUUGUCAUCUCAGGCUCAAUCAUAGAUGUUAUACGUUCAUCACUAACUCGAUGGAGGUUGGUCCUAUCAACAAUCAUAAGUUUGUUUUGCUCAGUUACAUACUACGGCCUUACACUAAAUGUUGUAAACCUCAAGACCAAUCUAUACAUCAGUGUUAUUAUAAACUCGAUAUGUGAGUUGCCGGCUUUCACAUUGGCCACCAUGUUGUUAGAGCGGUUUGGAUGCAGGCAACUGGUGAUUGGGACGAUGUGGCUUAGUGGUGCAUUUUGUUUGGCGGGGAGCUUGAUGGGUGGUGAUGGAGCAAUGGCACCGGUAGGCCGAAUGGUGUGCGGCGUGCUUGGAAUAUUUGGGAUUGCAGCGACAUACAAUUUGUUGUUGGUGUACGCGGCAGAGCUCUUUCCAACAACGGUGAGGAAUGCGGCACUCGGGUGCAUACAGCAAGCGGAGCAGAUCGGGGCGGUGGUGGCGCCGAUGGUGGUGGUGAUGGGGCAAGGGCUGCCAUUUAUGGUAUUUGGGUUGUGUGGGAUCAUCGGCGGGGUGAUGUCGUUCUACCUGCCUGAGACCUUCAACCAGCCCUCAUAUGAUACCAUGGCUGGGAUGGAGGAUGGGGAAAGGGCAAGGGAAGGUGCAUGAAGAGUGGUUUGAAUGGUGCUCGUAGGGUGACAGUUAAUAUGAAAUUUUCAAAGCAAAUAAGAUAACACCAAAGAUAAUAGGAGGUGACUUUGAUAUGUUACUUGCCAUCUGAUUAUGGUUUUUCAUGUCAAUAGCUAAGGGUUUUCUUCUACCAAUUAAAAAAAGGGCUAAGGAACCUGACGGCUAAAUGGACUGGCAAUAGAACAGUAAAUUGGAUCAGGAUAUGCUUGUACGAGAGCUCAAUGCACGCACACGUCUCAUGAUAUAAAUCCAUGGCAAGAAGGCAUGUAAAUUAGGUGCAAGGAAGAAUCUUAGGAUGUGAAUAUGAAGCAUAGGAUGUAAUACAUUCAUCACUACAUGUAUGAAAAAUCCAUUCUAGUAUUGUUGUUUCAAUAUAAAAGUUAAAAA